AUGCGGUUGAUAGCAAUAGGUUCAUCGUUCGCCGCGGGACCUGGCAUCCCUCCUCAAGUCAACAAAGAUGCGGGACGAAGCUCGAAUAACUACGCCAACUACUUUGCACGUCGACUCAAGCUUGACGCUUGCAAUCCAUCCGAAUUCCUGGAUCUCUCUGUUUCGGCAGCAACGCUGCUCAAUGUGAUUUCCGAACUGCAGACUGCGGGAAAGACAACCUUCCCACCCCAGCUCGAUUCGCUUCCCCCCCUUGCACCUGGUGAUGAUGGCAGUGAUGUAAUCAUCACCAUUACCGCUGGUGGGAAUGACCUGUUUUACAUCGGGUCGAUGUUCGCGUAUACGUUGAAGCAUACACUUUGGGGUAAAGUGGUUUCCUACUUUCUCAUGCGUAAACAAGAAAAGGAGGUCUUUGAUCAUCCGACCAUCGCCACACCACAACAAGUCUCCGAACGCUUCACGGUACUGUUGGAUAGAAUUGAGGAAAAGUACCCAAAGGUAACAGUGUAUUUGGUCGAAUACUUUGCAAUCAUGGGUCCUGAUACGAAGCCAGGUAAGGAUGUAGUAUGGGACCAGGAACAGGUGCAGAAGUACAUGCAGACAGCCUGGUUGUUACAAGAGCUAUACGCUAAAGCAGCCAACGGCAGGAGGCACGUUCAUGUGGUUCCGCUGGCGGAAGAGUCAAAGCUGAAACAUGCUGUGGGCUCCAACGAUCCCUGGGUCUCGGAUGGCUCGAUGUUCAACUUUUUCUCACACGCAGCGUAUCAUCCCAACCAGAAAGGUAUGCAAGCCGCUGCAGACAUCCUCUUUGACUUCCACACCAAACUGCAUUCUACAAAGGAGUUGUCGUAA